CAAGAGAGCUAUUGCAGAUGCAACAGUUGGUUUCUCUUCCCUGUGAUCACUUUACGGAAGAGGAGGAUUACAUAGACAUGGAUGUCAGCUCUGCUGUGGACGUGGAUUUGGGCGGCGGCGGCGGCGGCGGCAGCACCGCCAGCUUCAUCUGCUACACCAUGGCAUCCCCUCCUCUUUCCAAGGAAUUCGAAUUCCAGAUGAGUGGCAACCCGACGGAGAGGGAGGCCACCACCUCCCCCGCCGACGAGCUUUUCUACAAGGGGAAGCUCCUCCCCCUGCACCUCCCUCCUCGCCUUCGGAUGGUCGAAAAGCUCCUCGAGAGCUCGAAGCAUUCAGACGGCUUCGGAGAGAAGGAUGUCUCCGCAGCAGUCGGCGGUGAGCUGAGUGCGGUGUCGGACCAGAAGCAAUCGCCUUGGUCCAAAAAGCUCAAGUCCAUCAAGCAAUCAUCGCUGGGCCUGAAGCUGAAGGCUUCUCGAUCGUAUCUCAAGUCUGUGUUCAUCAGAUCCAGGUGCUCCGAUGAGUCCUGCGCGGUCCUGCAAUGCGACGAGCGCUCCAAUGGCUACAAGAAGGCAGCAAAGACGAGCCCGCUUGGCCAAAUCCAGCAGGGGAAGUACGUACUUGAAGACACCAAUGCCGCUAGUCUCAGGAGCACCGAGAGAGAGAAGCUAAUGGAAGAGGACUUGAUCCACAGAAAGUCCUUUUCUGGUGCCAGUAGCUGGAGCUCCACUACCAAGCCUUCGUCCUCGUCGACGACCUCUUCCUGCUCGUCCUCUUUGUCGUCCUCCUUCUCGAGUUCCAGCUCGCUCGGGGUGUACCAGCCGCAGGUGCUCAAGAGGAGCAGCAGCGUCAACUCAGAGAUGGAGAGCUCAAUUCAGGGAGCCAUUGCUUACUGCAAGGAGUCUCAGCAGCUGGUCGGCGGCCGGAAGAGUGCCAGCGAUGCCGGGCUUUAUCCAUUGCCUGCUUCACGGAUUGCUGCAGCUUGUCAAGCUCGAGAGAAUCCAAGAUUUUGCAGGGGAUGAUGACCGACCUACUUGUGCUACAUGCUACUACUUCUCUAGCUUCUGAAACAUUUGACUGUCCUUAGGUUCUACUGGAAAUGGCACCAACGUGUGUCCCUGGAAAUAUUCUUCAGCUCCAUCUCCA